AUGGCAUUGAAUAACGGUUUGGAAGAAGAACAACAACAACAGAACGAAAUUGAAAAUUCAGGUGACGAUGACGUUGAUGAAACUGGCAAACUUGAUGAUCAAUCAGAUGUGAAAGCAAAAAAGAAGCGAAAGAAGAAGAAGAAAAACAAAGGUCAAGCUGCUACCAACGAAAAUAAUACAGAAGCAGAUCCGGUUGCAAAUGAAACAGAAGCGAUAGCUGCGUUAUCUGUUCAACAAGAUGGUUUAGAUGAUGAAAAAGACGAAGAAGGUGGCGACGGUGAUGAAACGAAACCAGCUGCUAAAAAGAAGAAUAAGAAAAAGAAAAAAGCAGCAGCAGCAGUUGUAACAAAUGGUAUUCAUCCGACUGUAUCUUGCCUUCAGCAAACAAAUCCACCGUCGAUACCUAUUUGUGAAUUGUUUCCAGGCGGAAAUUUUCCUGAAGGGCAGAUUCUUGAACAUCCGACUCCAAAAGUUCCACCAACCGAUGGUUCACUUGCUAUCAAUCGUACGACAAGUGAAGAAAAACGAAUGCUCGAUAUGGCACAAACAGAAAUCUAUCGUGAAUUACGUCAAGCCGCUGAAUGUCAUAGACAAACAAGAAAAUGGGUUAUGAGUUGGGUUGAACCCGGCAUGAAAAUGAUCGAUAUUUGCGAACGAUUAGAAAAUAUGAAUCGGUUGUUAAUAAAAGAAAAAGGUCUUGAAGCUGGUUUAGCAUUUCCAACAGGUUGCUCACUGAACAGUUGUGCUGCACAUUAUACACCAAACAAUGGUGAUAAUACAAUACUUCAACGUGAUGAUGUAUGUAAAAUUGAUUUUGGUACACAUAUCAAUGGUCGAAUUAUUGAUUGUGCAUGGACAGUUGCAUUCAAUCCAAAAUACGAUGAAUUGCUUAAAGCCGUUCGCGAUGCGACAAAUACAGGAAUACAAACUGCUGGUAUUGAUGUUCGUCUAUGCGAUGUUGGCGAAGCAAUUCAAGAAGUUAUGGAAAGUCACGAACUUGAACUUGAUGGAAAACUUUAUCCAAUCAAAUCUAUUCGUAAUCUGCAAGGUCAUCUUAUUGGACAAUACCACAUUCAUGCUGGCAAAUCAGUUCCUAUUGUUAAAGGCGGUGAAGCAACUCGUAUGGAGGAAGGUGAAAUCUAUGCUAUCGAAACAUUCGGUAGUACAGGCAAAGGUGUUGUACACGAUGACAUGGAAGUAUCUCAUUAUAUGAAGAAUUUCGAUGCUGAACAAGCAAACGUCAGAAAUGCUAAAGCAAAACAAUUAUAUAGCACAAUAACAAAAAAUUUCGGUACAUUAGCUUUCUGUCGUCGGUGGUUAGAUCGUUUAGGUGAAAGUAAAUAUUUACUGUCACUAAAAAGCCUUCUCGACGCUGAAGUCGUUAAUCCAUAUCCACCCCUAUGUGAUAUAAAGGGUUGUUACACAGCGCAAUUCGAACAUACCAUUAUAUUAAGACCUACAUGCAAAGAAGUCGUUAGUCGAGGUGAUGACUAUUAA